UAGGGAGGAGGCGAAGGGGUGGUUUGAUCGGAAGGAGAAUUGUGUCUAUUGGCAGGAGACUUGGUAGGUUUGAGAAUUGCUGUGUUUGGUGGUUGGCUGGUUGUUUGAGGUUUGGUAUGGGAUGACAUGGGGGAGGUGAGCGCGGAAUGGGAUGGGAACCCAAAGCGGAGGAGGAUGAAGAGGAAAGGACGAAAGCAUGGAAAAGGCGGAGAAAGGAGAGCGGAUGAGAUGAAGCAUAGAGCGAAGACGGCUUUUCAAAAGGGGUGGUUGGAUUGGUUUAGAGUUAUGCACAUUCAAACCAAGGCUGGAGAGGUACAAGUAGAAAACUAAGCCUGGUUUUUCAUCUGAA